UCCCUGCAGUGGCUGUAACAAAACCCAGACUCCCAGGUCCUGGCCAAUGGAGGCGAUUUAGACUGGAGCAGGACCGCGUCUGUCAAAAGCCCGAUUCCGCAGCAGCGGCAGAGUCCAGGAGGAGAACUGGAGCAGCCACGCUGCCUCCCCGCCCCCGCCGGGAUUUAUUGAGUAUUUGGACUGGACAAUUAAGUGGCCCCGAUGAUGUUACCAAGCCCGGUCACCUCCACCCCUUUCUCAGUCAAAGACAUUCUGAAUCUGGAACAGCAGCAGCACUUCCACGGCACUCACUUGCAGGCGGACUUGGAGCACCAUUUCCACUCGGCGCCUUGUAUGCUGGCCGCAACCGAGGGGUCACAGUUCUCUGACGGAGGGGAGGAGGACGAGGAAGAAGAGGGCGAGAAAUUGUCCUAUUUGAACUCACUAGCCGCAGCUGAUGGCCACGGAGAUUCGGGGCUCUGUCCCCAGAGCUAUGUCCACACGGUCCUUCGAGACUCAUGCAGCGGGCCCAAAGAGCAUGAAGAGGAGGUCGUGAGGGACCGGAGCCAAAAAAGCUGCCCGCUGAAGAAGCCUCUAGAGACGGCGGGAGAUGGGAAGGCGGCAGAGGACGGCGAGAGGCCCAAGCCGCGCAGCCGCCGGAAGCCCAGGGUCCUCUUCUCCCAAGCCCAGGUCUUCGAGCUGGAGCGCAGGUUCAAGCAGCAGCGGUACCUGUCGGCGCCCGAGCGCGAGCACCUCGCCAGCAGCCUGAAACUCACGUCCACGCAAGUGAAAAUCUGGUUCCAGAAUCGCAGGUACAAGUGCAAGAGACAGCGGCAGGACAAAUCACUGGAGAUGGGCGCGCACGCCCCGCCGCCGCCGCCGCGCCGCGUUGCGGUCCCGGUGCUGGUGCGGGACGGCAAACCGUGCGUCGCGCCUGGCACGCAGGCCUACGGCGCGCCCUACAGCGUGGGCUCCGGCGCCUACUCCUACAAUAGUUUCCCGGCCUACGGCUAUGGGAACUCUGCCGCCGCCGCCGCCGCCGCCGCCGCCGCCGCUGCCGCGGCCUACAGCGGAAGCUACGGCUGUGCGUACCCCCCAAGCGGCGGCGGGGUGUCCUCCGCGGCUGCCUCGCCCAUGCAGCCGGCCUGCAGCGCGUCGGGAGCUGGGUCCUUUGUGAACGUGAGCAACCUGGGAGGCUUCGGAGGCGGUGGCGGUGUGCAGCCCUUGCAUCAGGGAGCCGCCGCCGGGGCCGCAUGUGCACAGGGCACCUUGCAGGGCAUCCGGGCCUGGUAGGGACAGUUUGGCGCCACGGGGAUGCAACGCGAGAAAGGCCAGAGCCAAGGGCCUGGUCCCCUCGUUAAAAAAAAAAAAAAAUACACGUCUUGCUUCCCAGAGCUUCGGAUCGCAUAUCAAUCUAGGCCUCGGGAAGGGACUCAGGGGUGAGGGGCAAGCUCAGGUCCGGUUGCCAAGACUGAAAACGCUGGCCAGGCGCCUGGGAGGACGGUGGCCCUGAGCCCUGGCCCAGAAGGGAGGACAGGAGACUGGAACUCGGGCUGCCGCUUGUUUUCCCAGAGCAAGAAGGCUUCUUGCCCUCGGCCUUCCCGUGGCCUCUGCUAAGCGUUGGCAGGAAACCCGGACCAAAACUGAAAAGAAAAGAAAUAAAGGCAAGAAAAGAGAACAGGACCUCGGCUUGAGAAAUCCCAGGCUCUCCACGGAUGCUCUGCUCCCUUUUCAGGGGCCCGAAGGGCUACAUCACAGUUAAUUUUCAUUUUCCACCUGCCUGUCCUCGUAGUGAAAACUUCAGCCCGGUUCUCCGGAUCGAAGGACUCUGCAAGGAAAACCAGCCCAGUGAAAUCCAAAGUCGGGGGUGCGGGGGAGGCUGCGCUGAACUAACCCAGGACCUGGUGGCCCACCGGAGGUGUCACCAGAUUUCCUUUCUGUUUCAUAUUCUGUAUUGAGCACAUAUUAUCUAUAUAUAACUAUAUCCACAUGCCGUGUACACACCCGCUGCCAUACACUACAGGAAUCAAUAAAC